GGCCAGCAAAGCGAAAGGGAAAUCCGAGGCCAAGGGCGGCUUCAGGCCGCGGCCCGCUCUCCAUGAUCCUGCGGCCGUGCGCCCUCCUGUUCCUGCUUCCCUUUCUCGGGGAUGGCUCCCGCCCCGAAUCUGCCACAGCAAAUCUCUCCCUCCUCCUUCUCAAUCCCAAGGGGAGCGAGUGGAAGAAGGAAGCCGCCCUGCGGGAAACCAUUAAGAGAAUUAAGCAUUGGAAUUCAUUAUCAUUCGGUGACAAUAUUACUGCUUUGUAUGGAAUAAAUCAGUUUUCUCACUUAUUUCCUGAAGAAUUUAAAGCUAUUUACCUACAAAGUAGACCUUCUAAAGUUCCCAGAUACGUUCCUCAAGUUACAUUACAGGGAACAGAUUCACCUUUGCCAGCAAAGUUUGAUUGGAGGGACAAGAAUGUUGUUACCGAAGUGAGAUAUCAAGGAGAGUGUGGCGCCUGUUGGGCUUUCAGUGUUGUUAGUGGAAUAGAAUCUGCUUAUGCAAUUAAAAGAAAUGUUUUGGAAGAACUCAGUGUACAGCAAGUCAUUGACUGUUCAUACAAUAAUUAUGGUUGCAGUGGUGGUUCAAUCAUUAGUGCGCUGAGUUGGCUAAAUCAGACACGUGUGAGACUGGUGAGAGAUUCGAAGUAUUUGUUUAAAGCUCAUACAGAAUUGUGCCAUUACUUCAGACGUUCAGAUUUUGGAAUCUCAAUAACAGAUUACGUUGCAUAUGAUCUAAGCAGCCAGGAAGAUGAAAUGAUGAAGAUGCUGAUUAAAUGGGGUCCUUUGGCAGUAAUUGUAGAUGCACUUAGCUGGCAAGAUUAUCUUGGUGGUAUCAUACAACAUCAUUGUUCUAGUGGGGAACCAAAUCAUGCUGUAGUUAUAACCGGUUUUGAUAGAACAGGUAGCAUUCCCUACUGGAUCGUACGGAACUCCUGGGGACGAACAUGGGGAAUAAAUGGCUAUGCUCAUGUUAAAAUGGGUUCUAAUAUUUGCGGUAUUGCUGAUUCCGUUUCUGCUGUAUUUGUGUGAAAUGGCUGCUAAGGAUCUGUGGCAAAUAUCGCAGGCACUAGUUUAUAACAAUGAAUUUUGUUGUCAAGAGAGGACUGUUGCCAGCAUUCAGACAAUAUCAGUUCUUGGAUCCUGGAAGAAUCAGCCAGCCAGCCCCGCAGAAUUAGGUGUUGUCUUCACAAGAUGCACCACCUGCACUAUUCCUAUCUGCUUAUUCCAAAAGUUUUGAAUUACUGUUUGAUCUACUAGCACAGUAUUUCUCAACCUUGGCAACUUUAAGAUGUGUGGACUUCAGCUCCCAGAAUUCCCAGCCAGCAUGGCUGACUGGAGAAUUCUGGGAGUUGAAGUCAUACAUCUUAAAGUUGCCAAGGUUGAGAAGCACUGUGCUAGCAUAUUGCCUAUGCUGCAGAAUGUAUGAAACAACUUCAAAAAAUACUCUUUCAGAAACUAUGUUUUCUUUGAUACUCUGCUGCUACUGAGAUUUAUUUCCACUCUGGUUUGUGACUUUUUAUAUUCUACUGGAACAUCAUUUGGGGAUUAGAGGCAUAUUCCAAUGUAGUUUUUGCGUCUCUGUUGAUGAAUUUGAUUCUGAACUGAAUAGAACCCUACAAUAAUUAGAAUUGCCAACUUGGCUAAUGGAGGGCGGGGGGUGGAAGUCUUUUGCACAUAUAUAGAGUUUUGAAGUCUUUGCUAUUAAUGGUUGAUCACAGUUGAAAUAGUUCUAAUAGCUUAAUAAUUAGUUUUAAUUAAAUGUCUCAAAAAGUCAUACAAAAAUCUUUCUAUAUAUUCAUUGCAAUAUCAUCUGAUUUUUAACAAUAAAGAUAAAUAGAAAAGAAACUUGCUUUAUUUGCAUCUUAACUUAAAAAGUUGCUACCCAUUAUGAUUUCCUAUUUUGAUUCAGUAAUAAUUGGGAAAGAAAUAGAUAGAAAUCUAUUAUAAUUGCGGGUUAGCUGACUCUUCCUAAAGCAAGGCAAGUCUAUUUCAUCAUCAGUAAAGUUUGAUAAGGCCUCCUAUAACUUGCAUACAUACAUGCUUACCUAGUAAAUUAUUUCCUUUUGAAGUAACGCAGAAAAGUAAGAAACUAUGUUCCAAAGAAAGUAAAGGCACAAGAAACAAAAAUGAUGCACAACUAAAUCUAAUUUACAUGAAACCUUUCCCUAUACCUUUCUAUCUUGCAAUUAUUUUGCUUUGAUUAUAGCCAUACACUCCUUCAUCUAUUGCCUUUUGUUAUUUAAAUUUCUCUGUUUUUGAGGAUCUCAUCAACUGUACCCAACCAUUUUUCUCCAACUUCAACUAUACCCUCCAUCUUUUUUUUGACCAAAUCAUUCUUCCUUCACCCAUUUGUUUUGCAAUUCAGUCUUCAUUCAUUCUCUCUCUGUGAUCAUACUAUCCCAACUUUUUGUACUGGUCACUUACUUUUGUAUUCAGUCCACAUUCACUCAGCGCCCAUUCAUUCUUGAUCUAUCCCUUUUGACCUAUCAUUCUUGACCUAUCCCACAUAAUUCUUAAGUAUCCCAUUUCUAUUCAAAUGUUCUGUUUCUCCUGAUACAAUUAACUUCUAUAUAACAAAAUUGGCACAAGGUUUCUUUAAAAAAAACAUUAAUUCAAAAUUUAAUUUUGCAACAUGCUCAUAACAUUUUCCUUCAAUUCCCCUCUGGCAUAUUGUUGCCAAUCCUGUACAAAUCUCUGAUUUCUUCCAGGUUUUUUUUUUAAUGUAUAGUGCAAUUUUCUU